AUGUCUGGAAACCACUCCUGGCAGCCAUUGUUGGCCCACGCUGGCCAUCAUCCAAUCACCUACUCUGGCCCGCCACAAUAUCUGACUUACUCUGCACCAAUGAGCUACAUGGCGCCAACAUCCUACCAACACUCCGGCCCGGUAUACACUGGCCAACCUCAUUACCCCUACUCAGCUGCUCCACAAUCACACUUGGCCCCCAUGGGCCAACCUGCCCCGCCAUACUAUCACCAUCCGUCAAUGCCGAUAUACGCCCCGCCCCCUUCUCAACAUAUGUUCUUUCCUGGUCACUCCGAGCCAACCUAUUGGCCAAUCCAGACAAAUUCCCCUCAUCCACCAGUCAAUUAUGCGUCCCGCCCCAGUCGAGCUGCAACAUUCAAUCAGCCCAGCAACACACCCGCCCCCCAACAGCCGUUUACUAGCGGGGUUGACUCCAAGGCAUCUGUCCAGACCGGCCAGCAGCAAGGUGAUCAUACGGUUGGCGAUGGGUCCAAUCUGGGUACGCUUGAAGUACAUGAGGGUCAAAUCGAAAUUGACACACAUGAGUCCAUUCCCAAAGAGGGAUCUCAGUUCAAUGAGCCCGGGGCAAGCGGUGCAGAUUUGGGUUGGGACUUGGGGAUUGAAAGCGCCAAUUUCCACGAGCUGAAGUCAUCUUUCUUACCGCAUGGUCCAGCUGAAAUCGAUGCCUUGGCUCCGGAAGGCGCUGAUGUGUGGCGUUUGGCCCCCUCAGAAACUUGCCCAGUUGAUAGUACUGUGGCUGGAGGGCCCAUUAUUGCUGUUGAACAACCGACUUCUAUGGGGCUGGAUCUGGAGAUGGGAGAUGGUUUGGGAUAUGUGGAAGGGGGCAGCCCUGCAACAGAUGAGGCUCUGGAGGCCCCACUAUCGGGGAUGCAACUCAAUAAUGCAGGGGGCUCAACAGUUGAAGGGGUCCCGCCCAGUGGUCGAGUCUUGACUUCACUUGAUGUGGACAAUUUUGACUUUAGUGUGGGGAAUCCAAUGGAUCCCCCCCCUCUAUACAGAUUCCACGAAUACAAGGACCUGAAGAGGUUUGCCAAGAGGUGGGCACGGGCACACAAGUAUAAACUUGUAACAGGCAGCUCAAAGACAGGGAAGAAUGGGUACUUGAAAUGCUCGUUGGCGGGAGAGGAUAGAAACAAGCCUGAUACGAAUCGACAACGGUUGUCUCGGAACAAACGUAUUGGAUGUAGAUUCAGGAUCUCUCACCAGGGGAGUUUGCUCAGCACUUGCAUGCAAGUGCCAUCGCAUAGUAUUCUUCUGGAACCCUGUCAGAUGUCUCUUGGAACCUUACCCUCAUUUGAUGCUGAAUUUAUGUUGAAUUUAUGUUCAAUUUAUGCUGAAUUUCUGCUGAACUUAUGCUCAACUCAUCUGAAUUCAUGUUGA